AUGAUGUUCCCUGGGCUCCUCGCGCCCCCCGCCGGGUACCCCAGCCUCCUGCGCCCCACACCCACCUUAACGCUGCCCCAGUCUCUGCAGUCGGCAUUUUCCGGACACUCCAGCUUCCUGGUCGAGGAUCUGAUCCGCAUCAGCCGACCCCCUGCCUACCUGCCCCGCAGCGUGCCCUCGGCCAGCAUGUCGCCCCCCAGGCAGGGGACCCCCGCGAAUCUCACAGACACCGUGGCCUCGGACCUGGGCUCCCCUAGUCCGGGCAGCCGGCGGGGCGGAUCGCCGCAGACGGCCGUCUCCCCUGCCAGCGAGCCUACGUUUCUGAAGUUUGGAGUGAACGCCAUUCUCUCCUCCGCGCCCAGGAACGAAGCAUCCCCCGCCUUGCUCCAGAGCGGCCCUCCCAAGACCUUCGCCUUUCCCUACUUUGAAGGUUCCUUCCAGCCUUUCAUCAGAUCUUCGUAUUUCCCAGAGUCAGUGCACUUGGCCACGAUUCCCCACAAAGGUUUCAGCACCAUGACCAAUUGGCUGGAGAAGAUGUUCCAGAAGCAGAAGUACAUCAGCAAGCCGGACCGCAAGAAGCUGGCGGCCAAGCUGGGCUUGAAAGACUCCCAGGUGAAAAUCUGGUUCCAGAACCGACGCAUGAAGUGGCGGAACUCCAAGGAGCGCGAGCUGCUGUCCAGCGGGGGCUGCCGCGAGCAGACCCUUCCCACCAAACUCAAUCCGCACCCGGACCUCGACCCUCGGCACCUGCGCGACCCGCGACUCGCAGGGCCACUGCCCGCCUCCCCCGCGCACUCAAGCAGCCCGGGCAAACCUUCGGACUUCUCGGACUCCGAGGAGGAUGAGGAGGGCGAGGAGGAGGAGGAGAUCACCGUGUCUUAG